AUGCAAAGUGUUGUUGUUGAUGAUCAUGAUGAUCAUGGUGAUGAUGAUGAGAUUGAGGUCUUUUCUCAUCCUCCAUUGUUUAGUAAUGAAGAACUAAAUGGAAUACAUGGGAUUAAAAGAGGUGAAGGCUUUAUAGAACUGGAUUGUGGAUGUACAAAUGCUACAUAUGGUGAUUCAGCUGGCAAGUUUAGAAUCUAUGGUAAUGGAAAGCUGGAAGUAUCUUGUGAUUGUUAUCCUGGUUGCAAUGGAGAAAAGUUGAGACCAAGUGAAUUUGAAGAGCAUGCAGGAAUUAGAGCAUCACAAAGCAAAUGGAACACUCAUAUUUGGGUGUUUGUGAAUGGGCAGAAAGUUCCAUUGAAGGAAACAAAGCUACUCAAAUACUAUUUGGGUUCAGCAACUGAUCCAACUUCCUGCAUUAGGCCUCGUCGGAGACUCAAAUUUCACCGGGAUGAGUUCAUCAAGUGCACUGCCUGCGCCAAGAUGCGCCGUUUUAAGAUGAGUGAUACAACCGAGUGUAGGGCCUACCAUGAAGCCUUCAAAGCUACUCAUACUUGGACUUGUUCUAAAUUUCAAUCUACUACACUAAAAUGUGAGGAUGAAGAAGAAAGGCAGUCAAAGCAAGUAUUACGGGGAUGUUCUGUGAACCCAAAAUGCAAAGGUUGUGUAUCGUGUGUUUGCGUCGGUUGCAAUAUGUGUCGCUUUGCAGAUUGCAAUUGUCGCAUUUGCGUGGAUUUUAUUCAAUUUUCUGAACCUUAA